GCUGUUUCCUUGGUGCUCAGGCAUGUCUCCCAGGCCUCGUUGUGCAAGAGUCCAGGCAGGAAUGUUAUUGCCCCCUUCCUGCCCCGCCCACCCAGAGCUGGUCUCCCAGGCCUGGAAGUUGGUUAGAUAACUGGCCAGUCUCCACUAGAAGGCACACCUGCUAAGCACCUGGGACAGGCCGCAGGCUCUAGGGCCCGGGCCACCACACUGAACCCAGGGGCUGACGGGCCACAGAGCCAAGAGAGCUGGUUUACAGCACACUGCCAGUGGAGAGAGACCUGCGCUUCUGUGGGCAGCGGAGCAGGCUGGACUGAACAAGCUACAGAUCUCAGGACUCCCCUCCCUCCCCUGUGCCUGCAGCGAGAGACACUCUCUCCUCAGAACAGCUUCUGUCUGGGACGUGCAACCACCCUCCUGGCGAUGGGAGGGGCUGUGGUCGAUGAGGGCCCAACGGGCAUCAAGGCUCCUGAUGGAGGCUGGGGCUGGGCCGUCCUCUUGGGCUGUUUUGUCAUCACGGGCUUCUCAUACGCCUUCCCCAAGGCGGUCAGCGUCUUCUUCAAGGAGCUCAUACGCGAGUUUGGGAUCGGCUACAGUGACACGGCUUGGAUCUCCUCCAUCCUGCUGGCCAUGUUGUAUGGGACAGGCCCGCUCUGCAGUGUGUGUGUCAAUCGAUUUGGCUGCCGGCCGGUCAUGCUCGCGGGAGGCCUGCUGGCAUCCCUGGGCAUGGUGUCUGCGUCCUUCUGUGGAAGCAUCAUCCAGCUCUACCUCACCACAGGGGUCAUUACUGGCUUGGGUUUGGCACUCAACUUCCAGCCCUCCCUCAUCAUGCUCAACCGCUACUUUAACAAGCGGCGCCCCAUGGCCAACGGGCUGGCAGCCGCAGGCAGCCCCGUGUUCCUGUGUGCCCUGUCCCCGCUGGGGCAGCUGCUGCAGGACCACUACGGCUGGCGGGGUGGCUUUCUCAUCCUGGGAGGCCUGCUGCUCAACUGCUGCGUGUGCGCCGCGCUCAUGAGGCCCCUGGAGGCGCCCCAGCCAGGUUCGGGGCCGGGGCCCCAGCGGCCAUCCAGGCGGCUGCUGGACCUGAGUGUCUUCAGGGACAGCGGCUUCGUCAUCUACGCUGUGGCUGCCUCCAUCAUGGUGCUGGGGCUGUUCGUGCCGCCCGUGUUCGUGGUGAGCUACGCCAAGGACCUGGGCGUGCCCGACACCCAGGCUGCCUUCCUGCUCACCAUCCUGGGCUUCAUCGACAUCUUCGCCCGGCCUACCGCCGGCUUCAUCACGGGGCUUAAGAAGGUGCGGCCCUACUCUGUCUACCUCUUCAGCUUCGCCAUGUUCUUCAAUGGCUUCACCGACCUCACGGGAUCCACGGCCAGCGACUACGGCGGCCUGGUGGUCUUCUGCAUCUUCUUUGGCAUCUCCUACGGCAUGGUGGGGGCCCUGCAGUUUGAGGUGCUAAUGGCCAUUGUGGGCACCCACAAAUUCUCCAGUGCCAUUGGCCUUGUGCUCCUGCUGGAGGCCGUGGCUGUGCUCAUCGGGCCCCCUUCGGGAGGCAAACUCCUGGAUGCGACGCACGUCUACCAGUAUGUGUUCCUCCUGGCGGGGGCCGAGGUGCUAGCCUCCUCCCUUGUGCUGGUGCUGGGCAACUUCUGCAUUGGGAGGAGGCCCAAGGCGGCUGCCGAGGAGGAGCACCACAAGCCCCCCAUGGACACGGAUGUGAGGGUGGACUCACGGGAGGUGGAGCACUUCCUGAAGGCAGAGCCUGAGAAAAACGGGGAGGUCAUUCACACCCCAGAAACAAGCGUCUGAGGCGAGGAGGCCAGCAGGGGUGCGGGGAACCGGACAGAGACUGUCAACGCUUAUAUUUA